UCUCCGGAUUCUUCCAACGCACACUUCAUCCUCAAUCUUCCCUAAAUGAAAAUAUCGUUGUAAACUUUAGUGCAGAACUGAUUUAUUUACAAUCCAAAGACGAAGAUCAACGCGAGUAAGCAACUUACCAAAAUAACUUUUUACAGCCUUUUCAACUUAAGCCCUUAUUCACCAAAGAUUUUUCACUUUGUCUUAAACUUAUGUAAACGAGCGGAGUUAAUGUGAUUUAAAUAAAUUCGUGAAGUUAAACCAGAAUCAUCAAACGUUAAAUAAGUUCGCAUGGGGCAUAGUAUAAUUUUAUGAGAGUGCAAACUCAACAAGUGCCGACAUGAAGGCCGGAAAGGAAUGCUCAAAGUGCUCAAAAACGUUCAAAACCAACCAAGCCUUGACCAGACACAUGGUCACGCACGAUUCCGAUGCCAAGGUCAAAUGCGAGUUGAGCGUGUACAUAAAUUGCUUAAAAGCCAAACUAAUCUUACAAUCCACAUUCUCCACGGGUAUCUUUGCUAGGUUUGUGGCAUGAUUUUAAAAAAUAGACACGCCUUGUCAUGCCACACGUGGAGAGUUCACAGCAACCGAGAACGGCCAAGUUGUGACACGUGUCACCGGGUGCUUUCCAGUUCGGCCAGCUUACGCGGACAUAUUGACACCUUUCACAAAUCGAAAGAACGGCCCCGUUUGCCAUGUGCGUUCCUUGGUUGUAAGAAAAGUUUCCUAAACAAGGGUGACAUGGCGAAACACGUGAAGAUUGAGCAUUCCCAGCAUCCGGUCAGAUUUCCGUGCACCCUAUGCGGAAAGACGUUCAAAACGUGGACUGAGUUUCAGACUCACAUUCCCACCCACACGACGGAGAAGCCGUACAAUUGUGCCACGUGUGGGAUGAACUUUGCCCGAAGAGGAGACAUGAAAAGCCACGAGAUGACGCAUUUGGAAAAAUCUACCCGAGCCGUGUUACAAUGUCACGUCUGUCCUCAAGCCUUCUUAACUCGGGCCGGUCUGCAAAACCACGUCCGAGUUUCGCAUGAAAAUCAGAGGAAUUAUCCGUGCACAUUUUGUGACAAGAGAUUCUCCUUCUCAAGAGACUUAAAACGUCACGUGGACGCUAAACACGCCGCGAACAACGAACCGAUCCAUUCCUGCGACAAGUGCGAGUACAGGAGCUACUCGAAGCAUAAUUUGGCCCUGCACGCGAGACGACAUAAGGCAGCGAGGUAUGGAUGCUACUUCUGCGGGGAGAAAUUCGUCGCUUUUAGAGAAUUGGUCAAACAUUUCCGAAUUCAUACUUUAGAAAAUUGAAAUACACGUGAUUAUAAUUUGCAUAUAAAUAUUUAAUAUUUGAAUUUUUUCUGAAUUUGUGACAUUUGGUAAACGUUUUUGGGAUUGGAUUUUUGUUAGAAAUUUGGCAAAAUAAUAAACAGAAAUAAGAAAAAUAAGAACAAACAUGUUAUGGAGGCGGAGGUUGUUUGGUGGAGGCGACAACAAAUAUGCCUCAAACCCCUCGCAAUAAGUCAGAUUGCUGAAUUUGGAAUCAUAAAUUAGUCAUAAAAUGUCUUGAAUUUGGUCGAAAAUGGUAUGCAAUAAUGAAUAAUUAUCAUUGAUUCUGAAGUACAUAACUUAACGUGACUAUGAUCUAUUUUGGAAUGUGUUCAUUUGCUAAAUAAAUA